UUUAACCAACCAGCGUUACUGUUGUGUACGCAGCAAGCAGGCGUUUCCUAGAAGUUUCGUUAUGUGUGGCUCUGGUAUAUUCUUAAAAUGAUAAUGACAUUAUAAUGUCGAUCAUACCAGUGAUAAUAAAUAGAACUAGACAUGCGGUUGGGUGUUCAGUUGAAAUUCGUAUUUCCAUACAGGCAGACAAGCCUAAGGAUAAAACAAGGUGACAAUUCCACAAAGCAGAUGCCGCCAAACUGUCCAUUAGAAGUUGCACUCUGGCCGAACACUGGUCAUCAUCAUGCCAGCCCAUCAAUUAUGAACACAAAUUUAUGUCAAGUCGAUCUUAUAGAUGCAAUUCACAAGCUCUUUUUGUCGACACCACCAAGGCCCGUUGAGCCAUGCCCUGGUAAUCAUAACGUUCAUCAAGAAGAAAGUUCAAACGAUUCUGGUUUCGGCUCCUCUGGAUUUUCUGUUUACAAGCCGUUAUAUGACUGUAACACAGAAAUCGAAAAAUUGCAUCUUGCUGUUAAAGAGUUAAAUGAAUGUUGUUUUUAUUAUGGCUCUGUAAGCAGCCAGGAAGCACGAGUUAUACUAUGUAAAAAGCCUAUAGGAACAUUUUUACUUCGGGACAGUUCAGAUUCAAGAUAUUUGUAUUCUCUUAGUUUGAAGACCGAAAGGGGGGCUACAAGUGUUCGAAUAGUGUACAGUAGAGGACUGUUUCAAUUUGAUAGUGAUGAAAGGAUACGCAAUAAACUGCCUUGCUUUGAAAGUGUGCUGGCACUUGUGGACUUUCAUGUGAUGGUAUCUCAGAGCGGAAAUAACAAAUCGUGGAGAUGGGAAGAGAACUCUGGUAAAAAAAGCAUGAAAGUGAAUCUAAAGGAGCCACUCAAGUGUUCGGUCCCUUCGUUGGCUCACCUUUCCAGGAUAAAAAUUAACCAGUGCCUUGAAGAUGUUUAUAUGCCUCAAUUCUCUGUGGAUAAAUUGUUAAUAUCAAUGCAGUUAAAGGAUUACCUUAAAGCAUAUCCUUAUAGAGUAUGAUGACACUUUUUUUUAAUUAUGAACUCUCUAAAGUAUUAUUACUAGGAAUAUUUAUUUAAAAGUUAAAGCAGAAUCAAAGCUAUAUAGAUAUAUAUGCAUAUUAUAAAUAUAUAUGUAUAUAUUUAGUUUUAUGUACUUGAGAUACUGUCUUUAAAUGCAUGGCUAUUUUAUUGACUCACUAGUCAAUUAUCUAAGCAUGUUUAUAUUAUUUUACAAACAUAAUACCAAUACCAGGCAGAGUUUUCUCCCUCUUGCUGUUCUGCUGCAUCUUGAGUGGGACAGACAUGGUCAGGUUUUUGUUUGUCAGUGUGACCAAACUCAUGUUGUCCACCUUUGUAUAAGUGAAAAGAGAUGUAAACUCUGUCUUGGUCAUUAGUAGUCAGUAGCUUUGUUACAAAAGUUGUCCUGACAGGAACUUUUUAAUGAAGCUAUUUACCUAGUGACAGUAGUCUUGUGUUUCUAUCUAGUCACUGUACAAUUUUGAUGUUAACUACCUCCUAUGUAUAGUUGGGUAAGGGAGUGUUGACUUAAGACCUUGCUAUUUUAUUUAUUUGAAUGUCUCAGGAAAGGGACGCUUAUUCUCAUUGGUCUUUGGUCCGAUGUCAACAAUAUGUGAUUUGGUCACCAUGGCUUAUGAAUUUUUAAUACAUGAUACAAUUUAAAGUGUGUCCUAAAAAGUUUUUUGUUCAUAUUAACAUUUUUAAAAUAUUUUUUUUGCCAAUCUUUUUUACAAAACCAAAUUAUAAUUUCUUCACAUUAUGGAAAUCAGUUCUGUUUAAGCAACUUUACUAAACCAUUGAAUAUAUUUGUUCCAAUCUUUCAAUUGAAAACAAUUAUAUAAUUUAAAAUACUAUUAGUGUCAAUGAACUUUAGAUUUGUAGAUCAAAUUAAUGUAUCAUUGAUGAGCAUGCUUCCACAUUUAAGCCUGUGUACAUAUGUACAUACAUACAAAUAAUUUAUUAACUUUUAUAUUUCUUUUUGAAAAUUGCAAGCUAAAUAACUUACACCAGGGAAUGUUGUUUAUAACCCACCCACCCCAAACUCUGAAUUGCCCACUGCCUCAGUAUCUAGACGACGAAAUAGGGACACAACAUUUCUGCUUUAGUGGCUAGAAGUUGUAACUCUGACCCAUCUCUAUAGCCAUCAGUUUGAGGAGAGUGUUGUGCCAUCAGCACAAUACGCUAGAUAAAGAAUAAUCAGCUGGAGUAGAAAUGUGGGGCCAAUCAGGCACUCAGCCUGGCCUUGUCAGUAAAUGGUCAAUAUGAACCUUCGAUUUGUAGAUCAAAUUGAUUCAUCGUUGAUGAGCAUGCUUUCACAUAUUAAAUGCAUGCCAGCACCACAGGUAGAAAUGUGGGUGGAAUCAUGAGCUCGGCCUGGCCUUGUCGGCAAAUGUGGUCCAGAGUGGACUAGCCAUAUGUUUCAAUGUACAACACAAAAAAAGGUGACUCACCUAAUGAAUACACACACAUUUUUUUUAUUGUCCCAUAUAGAUGCACAUUUUAACUCGAACAGACUAGUUGAUAAUUCACAGUUUUUUUUUUUUUUUUGUUAUUUUUCAAUUAUUAUUUAAUAGAUCUGUCUUUCCGAAAUGUUGAAGUUGAUUAGAGAUUUUAGUUAGAUGACAGGCACAUUAUGUAUACACACCAUACUGAUUAAGGCUACAGAGGGAGGGACCUAUGGAAGCAUGGGGGAGCAAAAUAUAAAGCAUAACAAUGAAUUUUUGUAAAUGUUUUUUUAGUUUGUAUAUAUAUACAAUAUAUCAAAUAUGUGUUUACAUCUAACACAAUAAACGAACAGAAUGCUAUUUUUAAAAAA